GUGUUUUCAAGAUCUUCGAUUUCAGCCUCUUCACACUUCUUGCUACUCUCAACGCUCCAUCUCGAGACUACACACCAGACACGGAAUUACCUGCCUCGAGCGAGGCGCUCCGAGCGUUGCACCCUCGCUCCUGAAUCCUGAGCCUGUCCUCAACCUUAUCGUCGUCCCGCACCAUUACAGUUCGGCUAGUGGUCUCAUGCCGCAAGUCAUACGCGUCAUUCCCGAACUCCAUGAAAACUACAUAAGCCGGCAUUCGCACAACGGGCGUCUUUAGCCCCUUGCCAGUCAUGGCUUCCCGAUACUCCGGAUCGCGAUAUGACGGCGACUCGCGCCGAUCUAGGUCUCGAGAUCGCUCACCGGACCGGAGAUCUCUGUACAGUGAUGGUGGGCCCCGUCGCUCCUCUGCGGAAUCUCGGUCGAAUAGCUCAGCCUUCCAGACGAAUCGAGAUUCCUUUCGAGAUGCCCUGCCUAGAGAUACGCCUCGAGGGCCGAAAGCCUUGCUCGAUGCUCCCAGUGGACCUCGCGGAGGCGGAUACUCGGGCGAUUUUCGGGGCAGAGGUCGUGGAAGAGGCCGGGGCUGGCGGGACGAUAGCCGAGACCGUGGAAGAGACCGUGAGAUUGACUUCAGGGAUCGGAGGGAUAACUCGUACCGCGAUGAUCGUAGCCGAGAGCGAGAUCGUGGGGAUUGGCGAGAUCGUGAUCGCGACAACUUCAGAGCGCGGCGUCCGUCGCCUCGCGGACGUUCGCCUCCCGGGAGGGAUUUCCGGGAUGUACGUGACUUACGGGAUGCUCCGUUAGGCGUAGAUGCCGAGCGAGCACGACGCGGGUCAAGGGAUGGGCCACUCUCUGCUGGAUCGUCUUCGUCGGACCCGCCAUUCGGCCCUUCGUCGUAUCGUGGCGCCUACGGAAAUCGAGGCCGCGGUAGAGGCCGCGGAGAUUGGGAUCGCGGGCGUGGGCGGAGCUUCUACGAUGACCGUGACCGGUACGGCUCGGCCUUUAGGUCUCGCUCCCAAGAGGGGCGGUACCGCGACCGCGACGAUCGCGAUCGCGAUGGUCGAUACCUCGACGCAGACCUGCGCUCGCGUGAUCCCAGAGACGACCGAGACGCGAGAGAUCGCGAUGUUCGGCCUAAGCUUGAGAGGGCCUCACACGAACCGCCAUUGCCGCUGGCCAAGGACGUUUCGCCGCCUCCCGUCGCCCCGGCUGCUCCAUCAUUCGGGUCGGUGCCUAAUAGAACUGCAUCGAUUACUGACAUUGGGUCGGCUACAGGCAAAACGCCACCUACAGGACCCAGGGCGCUCAAGGACGAACGAGCAACGUCGGCUGGAUCGAUUCCCCAUAUUGAUACGAGGAUGCCGCCUACGGGACCGUCCAGGCCGUUUCUAGAAAUGAGCCCGUCCUCGAUUCCCUUUGGACUGCGGUCCCAAACGCGCCCAGGCCCCUCGAGCAAGCAAUGGAUCAACCCGAAUAUUAAGAAUCGCGUUCCCGAGUCCCCGAAGUUAAAUCGGUCGCAGAGCUUCGCCCAGCCACGGCCCCCUGGGUUACGCCCGGAGGGGGGGCAUUCGGAUCAGCAGGGUGAUAGCAACCAACGGCCACACAGUAGCGAUGCAAAAUCCGACUCUCAGUUAUCUGCUACGGAUAGGCUGGUCCGUGAGCCGCAUGGCAUCGACGUACGCGAGGAGCCUUGCAAAACCGAACCGAGACCGCCAUCUGCCGGUUCAUCUUUCGGACGGGAACCCAAACUCAAGGACGUUUCCGGCCUAAUCAGGGAUGAAGAUAUCGUGGCAGAGCGGGCAGGUAAUCCGGCCGCCGAGACCUCGAUCGCCGACCCGAAGGCGCUGCCGGUCACGAACGAGGCGAAAUCGAAACCGCAUCGGCGUCCCGCCCUCAAGGUUACGGCUAGACAUAUCUCCCUACCCCGAAAAGAAGCAAGGCCGCCUAUCCUGGAUCAAUCAUCGGAAUCUGACGAUGAAGAAUUCGGCGACGUUAUCGAGUCCGGCAUGGCCGAGGUUGAGAAAAAGUUAAAGCAACUCAGGAGGAUUGAAGACGUGCCGGUUGAUGUAAUAUCACGUUACGCAGCAAUAUCGCUCGAGGCUAUCACCAAGAUUAUGAAUGGACCCGAAGGCCUGGAAGAAAUGGUUGGUCCGAUCCCGGAUGCCGUUCCUCCAAGCGGAAAAACACCAACAGAGCCAGAGAGUCGACGAGCACCUAGUGUAGGACCUAAAGUGCCCGAGAAUGUCGAAGCGGAUAUCAAGGUCAAGAGCCGCUCUCCUGAGGUCAAAGAGUCACCGUUGGAAGCUGCAAAUGCCAAGGCUGAGCUUCCGCAACCAUCUAUCGAGCAGGAUAUCGACAUGCCAGCACCCCCCGAGCCGCCACCUGCGGACCCCAAGCCUAAGAAUGACGACGGAGAUGUAACUAUGGAGGAUGUGUUGGAUGCUCGUCCUGUAGACUCGGAAUUGCAACGCCCGCCGGAAACGCAGCCGUCAAUAUCUCGCAGACAAUCUGAUAACGCAUCGGGUGAGGAAUCCCAGGUGCAGUCCCAGGAGGUUGUUAAAGGUGGGUCGCGCGCGAUGUCCGUGCCGGGAGACGAUGAGGACGAGACAGACGUCGAGGACAUAGACUCUCAGUCUAUUGAGAUUGUCCGCGAACAUAAGGCAACCCCCCCCCUCGAGAGUUUGCCCUACUUCGACGAGAAACCAUGGUAUAAGGACGACGUUUUUCUGAGGUCGAUGGAUGCUCCGCAGCCGAGCCUCCAGGCUUUCAUUCUAAAUAGGUUCAAGGACCAAGAUUGGGCCCGGAUGGCGGAUGAGACGGAGAUGAAAGCACGCUACGACGCAAAUUAUACUCGGUACCUUCGAUUUACCCUGUCAGAUGAUCCCGUCGCCCUGAAGAGCCGUGCGAAAUUUACUUGUGUGUCUGGAUCUUCUGAGGCAAGCAGCCAUAAACCCGGUUUCCACGAAUCAAAGCCUGAGGGGACAAGGCGGAGCCGGUACGCGUCAGAGCGCGACCUGGAGAGGAUAUUAGAGGAAUCACGACGUGUAGAAGACGAGAAGAGGGAGCGACAGAUGCAGGCGGAGAGAGAAAGGUAUAGGACCGAGAAGGAGGCGGUGCUUCCUCGUCAGUACCAAGUGCCGGAAGAACGCGAAAAUGAUUUCUACCGCGACGUCACAGGCCUUAUUCAGGCCGAGAAGACCGUGGCGGCCUGGCAGCUUUUGCCGCCUGUGGAUAACUUCACCGAAGAAGAGACGGCCUCGUUCGAAAAGGCCUAUCUCGAGUUCCCCAAGCAGUGGGGCCGAGUUUCCGACCCGCUGCCAAAUAGGGACUUUGGGACCAGCAUCCAAUUCUAUUACCUUAGGAAGGAGAAAAGUCAGCUCAAUCUUAAGGAAAAGCUCAAGAAACGGCCGAGACAGCGUAAAAAGGGCGGCCGGGGUAAGCAACGGUCUAGCGCGCUGGUAUCGGAACUUAGGACUGGGGAUAACGACACGGAAGAGACGCAGGAUACAGGGGAGAAUGGCGAGAGGCGCCGACCUCGCCGUGCGGCCGCUCCUACCUUCAACUCGGAGGCCACCCCUGCCACAGACGGCGAGGGCGGGACGCCAAAUGGCACCCCCGGCCGCAGGGGAGCCGGUGCGAAAGGAGACGGAAGCGCCGAUAAGAGCGAGCGCAAGCCGAGAGGCCGCCGAGCUGCGAAGGAUAAGGAACCUAAGCAAUCCCGCGUCAACCAGACUCUUGCUGCCGCUCCGCCUGCGACUACUAAGAGUAACCGUUCGCGGUCGAGCUCGAGAGCUCAAGGCUCGGAAUGGGCCUCGCAACAGACACCAGCCGAGCCCGCCAGAGGCCCGGCCCAAUAUGAGCUGGCUCCCAACACCGCGGCCGUCCAACCCGUGGCUAUAGCUGCCCCAUUCCCACCCGCGCAGGCCGUUAUUACCCCUGAAAGAGGCGUUCCUCCUGCGCCUGCGCCUGCGCCUACGCCUCCUGCUUCGCAACCGGACGCGAUGGCACCCCCGCCGCUGCGCCCGGAACCGCCGCAGCAACCCUCGGUCUCGAUGAUUGAUCUCGGUCAGACGACAACGCCGGACCGAAGGUCAGGCACGCAAGCAUCUAGCUACUGGAGUGUACCUGAAGCCAACGACUUCCCCCAGCUACUCCGAGCCUUUGGGAGCGAUUGGGCGGCUAUUGCAGCACACAUGCGAACCAAGACUCCCGUCAUGGUUAAAAACUACUUCCUACGACGAAAAGAUGCUCAUGACUGGGAGGGAAUCGUCCACGAAGCAGACGGCAGGAAACUUCGAGGAGAGAAGAGACCGGCACCUCCUAUCCCGAGCUCCGGUGUGAAGAAGCGGUACGAACCUCCAAGCAAUCGUCCACUCGCAUCUGCGGACACGAUAAUGGAGGAUGCUCCGGCGCCAAAGCUUGAGCACCAAGCUCCCCAGCCGACGACCGCACGCUUUAAUGUCCCAAUCCCGAUCGCGGCUCAGCCGCAACCGACGCUCAUCCCGUCGUCGUUUGUCGCCCAAGCCCAGCCCCCAAUGGCACAGAGUCAUACCUCUACGCCUCCCGGACCGCAACCUCUUCAACUAGCGACGCAAGCUAGUAUGUCUCCAGUUCCUCGGCCUGCCAGGGCGCCUUUGCCAUACGCCGAGAGAGACCGAGAGCUGCCUACCCAGCAGCCCGCUCGCGUUCCUACCAGUCAGAAGGCUGCGCAUCCGGCGCCCUCGCCAGCACCCGAGCCGCAUUCUAGACACCCUCUGCCUACAGCCAUGGCCGAGCCACAGCCUGAACGGCCGAAAGUCGAGCCUAAAGCGCCAAAGGAGCAACCCCGGCAUCAAGAUCGCCAGCCGCUGCGUGUGAAACAGGAACCGGAUAUGAUCCACCAAUACGAUCACUUCACCCCCCAGGCUCCGGCGAAUCGCAUGGCCCCAUCCCGCGCAGAGAAUAUGUCAUUGUCUCGCCCCCCCGAGCCCCCUCGUGCAACGGUAACUCCACAGGCGCCAUUUGCUACUAUGCUACAACAGUCGCCACAUGGACGGAGUCUGCUGGGCGAGAGCCAUCCCUCCCCGCCGGCCCGUCCCCGUCCGAUCCCGAAUCUGUCUCGGCCGCAAUCCCGUGCCAGCGGUGGGUCGGAGCCGUUCAGUGCUCCACCAGCGCAGCCCGCAGUUCCGGUUGUUGUUCCCGCGCCAUCUCGACCCCCGGAGCGUAAAACGUCCAACUUGAUGGCUCUUCUGAACGACGACCCGCUGCCGGCUCCUCCCAAGAGAGUGACUGAGAUACCUUCAGUGACCAAACCGUCAUCGACACCGCCCCCUCAGUCUAAUCUCUCUCGUCCCCCUCCGCCGCCACCCCCGUCCUCGCAAGUUCGCCGGGAAUCGGCGGUCUCGGACGCCCAAGUUUACGGGUACAGUCGGAAUCCCCCCCCGGCGCCGUCUGCUAUACCGUCUCUGAAGCCGUAUACAUCUGGCUCGCCUCAAGCUCAGCCGGUGACAAUCACUCACCAUAUGCCUCUGGAAGCGGAUCAAUACUACAAUAAUCGAACGCGCUCUUUCCCCUCCGCGCACCAACCCCCGACGGCUGGCUCCCCCCAGGCUGCUCAUCGUUAUCCGCCUCCGAACCAGCCGCCUCCGAUGUCGUACCAGGCCCAACCGUCGUUUCCCUACGGCGCCCAAGUCCCGCCACCCAGUGUUGCGUCCCCUCCACCUCAAUAUGGCGGACAUCCAUCCGUCUCGAGGGGCCACGAGCCCCCUCAGUCUAGUCGAGACGCUGGUUGGCCCGGCGCGCAUCAGAGCCACCAUCUGCAACACCAGUCCCAGCCGCCGCCACCACAGACAGGAGGAGGAUGGCCAUCGCAUCCUCCGCAGCCACCGAAAUCCACGCAGCCUCCGCCGACGCAGUCAGCCUGGGCUGCGCAGCACGCGCCUGCAACUGCGCCAAAACCUCCGCCGCCUAGCAGUUCCGUUCCUCCACAGCCGUCUUGGGCCACGGCCCCGCCACCUCCAAGAGGUCACGACCCCAUGGCGCUUCGUGACGUCCGAGACAUCUACCAGCCUCAUAGGAUGCAAGCUCCCUUGCAAGCACCUUACACACCCGGUUCACGGGCGCCCGAGCCACCGCAGGCACCGGCGGGAUAUCCUCGUUAUGCGAAUACGCCCGUCCCCGGACGAGACCCUCGCGACCCGGGUCCGCCGAGAAGUUAUACUCCCGUGAGCGCUUACGAUAGUAGAGGCUACCCGCCCCCCGGGCAAGAAUUGCGCGAUGUACAACUACGCGAGCAGAUGCAACAGCGCUCAAUCCUACAGCCACAACUGAGGCCUCAGGAUAACAGGCACCUAUACGACCACCCCCCAGAUCGAUAUGGGAGAUAGGGAAACCCAGAUCACAGUAAAGUGCCGGAAGGGUCCUUAAAGGAACCAGUCCUAGUUCUGACGAUUUCCGUCCGGUUAGAUAAGCUUGCGUUAGGCUGGAUGGCUGAACGCCAACCCUCCGCGCUGUCGCGCCCUAUAUAGUGACUUUCCCCCUUGAUGGACGGCUUGGGCGCAACACACACGGCCAUUUUUGUCCCACCAGCCUGACUCAGAUAACCAUACGUACCAGCCCUUUCGGCGCUUCCCCAAUUUUUAUCAGCUUCAUACCGAUGCGCCAUCUUCCCUUACUCUGUUUCGAGGCCGGCCCCAACCCGUUUGAUUCGGUUUGAUAACGUCUUAGCAUUGGUACGAUGCUAUUUGACCAUUGCCUUCCUAUCCCUAAGAGUGCGAGGAGGUAGGGGGUUAGGGUAGUGAGUGGAAAAGGGGA